AUGGAUGCUACGGCAGAAGAGUUGACCCUCUGGCGACAGCACAUGAAUAAGAACAAAUUGCACACCCUAGCUCGGCUGAGCCGGGAUGAAGUCUCUAUGAUAUGAAGCCAUGUUUCCAACUUUAUUCUAGGACAGCUGAGGCUGCAAAAGGGGGUCUACAUACCUGCUUUUGGGACAUUUACUUUUAUGAGGCAAAAACUAUAUGCUGGGAACAGGUUUAGCUCUAUCCAGAUACCAAUCUUUAUCAUGUCAGAGAAGCUAUUGCAGCUACAUGGACUACGACAAACUAAGAUCCACACACCUGGGGAUAUCCCCGUUGUACCACUGAAUUUUAUCAUGGUUGCCAUAGUGGGGCAUUAUAGCAGGGACACAGUCGAAGGAUGCAUUAAAGAAACUCUGCAGCUCUUAUCACGAUCAAUCUUCACACGAAAGAAAGUUGAAUUUACUUUCCAAGGACUCGGUAUCCUUACAAUUGAAAAUGACAAAAAACCUCAAAAUGUCGAUUCAACUAUAGCAAACAUCGAAACUUUGAAGAGAAGUCCAAAUUGUGUUCUUUCCUUCCCCAGACGUCCAGGUCAAAAACCCAUUCCAGCAUCUGGAAAUAUUGCACCCGUAAUAUUGCCUAUCACAGUGGAGCGUAAUAAGACUGUCUUUACAAAAACAAGAACCAAAAGGGAUAUUAGAUGUUUCCAUCCAUGCCUUCACAUGGUGUCCCUGCAUUUGUGCUCCAUGGAACUUUGCUACCUGUGUAUGCAACACAGGAAGGCCAACAGUGCAUUGUAUUCUAGUAUAGAGAAGAACAAACAAGAACAGGACGAGCAAUUUCUACAUCAAUACCAGAUAAUGAAAGACAAGGACACUGCAUUCAAAGACAAUUGUGUGUUUUAUUUAUUUAUUUUCUUUUUCCUUGCAAAAUUGAGACUAACAUUAGAAAAAGAAGAAUGCAUGAAGAAUGCUGCUUAUAACCUUGGUGUCGCAGAUGCUAUAAAAUCACAGAGGAAUCAGAAAUGCCACUUUUCUAAUCCAUACAUCUUUGAGAACCGACCAGCAAAUGCUGCUAUUGUCACUGAAAAGAAAAACGACCUUAGUGGCCAGGCACAGUUGUCAGUCAGCACCAUGGCCUUUGGCUUUGUGGUCAGUGGUGUUAGUAGAGGAAGAAGGGGCCAGUCUGAUGCAGGGACCCUUCCCAGUAUUGAUGAACAAAAAGCUGAACUGAAGAAACAUCAAUUUGAGGAGAGAGAAAUGUAUAAGAAAGCACUGGAAUACCAGCUGAAACACAGGCCUUCCAGACUGCCCAUCUAUGAGCCCAUGGGCACCUUCACCAACUUUGGGCAGAAUGAGAAGACCCUGGAGGCCGAGAAGUGGCAGAGAAAUAUUGAAUAUAUGAAGCAGCAGGUGGAAGCCGCUGCAGGCUACAAAAGACAGGUUAUCCUCAGCCACACAAAAAGUCUGCAGCAAGAAAAAGAAAUGCUCCAGAAAAACCAAGAAAAGCAUUUAGCAGAAAGAUGUGCAGAAGAGGAUCGAAGGAACACUAUCAAUCAACGCCUGAGAAAAGAAUGGGAUAAAGACGCUGUGCUGAAGCAUCAGUGAGAUGAAGAUGCCAAGGCCUUUGACAAGGCCCCAGACAAACUAUUUAUUUUGGAUCAGUGUAAUGACUACAAACGCUGCAGACAGUGUCAGCGAGACCCGUCCAACAAGGGCAAGACCCAGUUCUGGCCCUAUAACAAACACUUGCCAGGGUCUCGCAUGCUCCUGUGA